AUUAUAGCUAUAUGCUUAUGUUUGCGUACACUGCUUCAGAGUUCACAUAUAAAUUUAUGAAAUCUUGUGGCACUAUCAACGAGUUUUAAAGGAGGGAUUUUGUUAAUUGAGUUGCAUGCCAGCUGUUUGAUUAUAUGUCUAUUUGAAUGCUGCAAAUUACUCAUGUUUGUGUGACAAGUUUUGGGAUUUUUGACAAGGGUUUGUAAUGGGUUUGUGACUUCUUCUUGAUGACAAUUGCUUUGUAGACUUCGGAUAACAUUGUUUUAGUGGAAGAGUCAGGCUCUGGUGUAACACCCUAGUUUCUUUUUUGCUAAAUGUCAUUCUUUUAGCCUCAAAUACAAGAUGUUAUAAGUAAAUUAAGUACUCUUAAAAGAGUCCAACAGCAGUAGCAUUUAUUAAAAUAUCAUAAUUAUAAGGCAAGUAGCUUACAAAACAAAGCAAAGCAUGAGAAAUCAACAUGAAAUGAUGAGUUGUAAGGGCUAGAAGUAUGUGUUGGCAAGUUAUUUGAUGACUAAGCAAGUCUAGUAAGCAUGACAAAGCAAGUUAGUUAUGAGUUGUCAAGGCUAGAAGCAUUUGUUGCAAAAUUCAUGAUGACAAGCAAGAGCUAGAAUCAUGACAAAUAAAAGCUAGAAGCAUGAUGUAUCAAGAUUCCUUUAUAUUAAGCAUGAUAUGUCAAGAUUAUUUUAUAUUAAGCAUGAGGUGUCAAGAUUCUUUUAUCCUAAAAAAUGAGGUGUUAAACUAUCAUAAGAGUACAAUUUUGGGAGCAAGAAGAACAAGUAGGUAAUGCAAUGUUGCCAUUAGUUCCAUACCAAAAAAUAAGAAAUCUCUCUCUUUAUACCUAAUCAAGCUUGAAGAUAGGAAUUAAGGGAAAAGCUAGGCAUAAUCAAGGUUCUGUCAUUUAGAAGUUGCUCAUCAUUUACAAAGUCAUCUUUUAGCAUAAUUGAUUUUCGAAGAUGCUCUUCCAUGGAUCUCUCAUCUCUCUUCCAUUUUACGUAUUGCUAUAUUUAUCCUAGGAGUGCCUUUUGCACUCUGUCAAAGCGAAGGUCUCGUGGACCUGUUAUGGCUGCCAAGAAAGAAUCCAAAGGAACAAAGCAAGGAGAUGGAAAGUACAAGCAUACUGUUGACCUUCCCAAGACAACUUUUGGUAUGAGAGCAAAUUCUGCUGUAAGGGAGCCUGAAAUCCAGAAAUUAUGGGAUGAAAACCAGGUCUUUAAGAAAGUUUCUGAAAAGAAUAACGGGGGAAGUUUUAUUCUUCAUGAUGGCCCUCCAUAUGCUAAUGGUGAUUUACACAUGGGACAUGCAUUAAACAAGAUCAUAAAGGAUAUUAUCAACCGGUAUAAGCUUCUUCAAAAUUAUGAAGUUCAUUACAUUCCUGGUUGGGAUUGCCAUGGUCUACCGAUUGAAUUGAAAGUAUUGCAGUCAUUGGACCAAGAUGCCCGAAAGGGGUUGACACCAAUAAAGUUGAGAGCAAAAGCAGCUAAAUUUGCCAAAGCAACUGUGAAGGCGCAAAUGGCAUCUUUCAAGAGAUUUGGGGUUUGGGCAGACUGGGAUCAUCCUUAUCUCACUCUUGAUCCAGAAUAUGAGGCUGCUCAGAUUGAAGUGUUUGGCCAGAUGGUUUUUAGAGGGUACAUAUAUCGUGGGAGAAAGCCAGUGCACUGGAGUCCUUCAUCCCGCACAGCUCUUGCAGAGGCCGAGUUAGAGUAUCCUGAAGGCCAUGUUUCAAAGAGCAUGUAUGCAAUUUUCAGAUUACUAAGUACUCCAACUAAUGGUGGAUUACUAGAUGAAUUUCUUCCUAGAUUGUGCCUUGCAGUUUGGACCACCACUCCCUGGACUAUUCCUGCCAACGCUGCUGUUGCAGUGAAUUCCAAGCUCCAGUAUGCUGUUGUUGAAGUACAGUCCCUUUCACCUGAUGCUGCUUCAUCUUCCGAAGGUGGAAAGACGAGGCUUGGCAGUGUUUUGAAAGGCAAUGAGAGACCAUUUUUUAUUGUUGCACUGGACCUUGUGCCAACACUAGAAGCAAAAUGGUAUGUGAAGCUUGCUGUUAAGAAAACAGUUCUGGGUUCAGAUCUUGAAAAUUGCAGAUAUGCACAUCCAAUAAAUGGCCAAGAAUGUCCUGUUGUCAUCGGAGGAGAUUAUAUUACAACAGAAUCAGGAACUGGGCUCGUCCACACAGCCCCUGGUCAUGGCCAGGAAGAUUAUAUAACCGGCUUAAAAUAUGGUUUAACUAUACUGUCUCCAGUAGACGAUGAAGGAAAGUUCACCGAAGAAGCUGGGAUCUUUAGUGGGCUUGAUGUAUUAGGGGAUGGCAAUGCUGCUGUAAUAGAUUACUUGGAUGAACGUUCAUCAAUUGUCAUGGUAGAACCUUACAAGCACAAGUAUCCUUACGAUUGGCGAACAAAAAAGCCUACAAUUUUUAGGGCAACAGCACAAUGGUUUGCGUCUGUAGAAGGAUUCCGAGAGGCUGCUAUGGAUGCAAUUAAUCAAGUAACAUGGACUCCAUCUCAGGCAGAAAACAGAAUUUCGACAAUGACUUCCAGCCGCUCUGAUUGGUGUAUAUCUCGUCAGAGGACAUGGGGUGUCCCAAUUCCAGUCUUCUAUCAUGCAGAAACAAAGGAACCUCUGCUAAAUGAAGAGACUGUUAAUCAUAUCAAGUCAAUUAUUUCCCAAAAGGGCAGCGAUGCAUGGUGGUACAUGCCAGUAGAAGAAUUGCUUCCUGAGAACUAUCGUGAUAAAGCAUCAGAUUAUGUGAAGGGAACUGAUACAAUGGAUGUUUGGUUUGAUUCAGGUUCUUCUUGGGCUGCUGUUUUGGAGAGUAGAGAUGGCCUUAGUUGUCCUGCAGAUUUGUACGUUGAAGGUACCGAUCAGCAUCGGGGUUGGUUUCAAAGUUCUUUAUUGACCAGUGUUGCCACAAAAGGAAAAGCUCCAUAUUCUGGAGUUAUAACCCAUGGAUUUGUGCUGGAUGAGAGAGGUUUAAAAAUGAGUAAAUCUUUGGGUAAUGUAGUUGAUCCACGUACUAUAAUUGAAGGAGGGAAGAAUCAAGAGGAAGCACCUUCCUAUGGUGCGGAUGUGCUUAGGCUCUGGGUCUCAAGUGUAGAUUAUACCGGAGAUGUUCUGAUUGGACCUCAAGUCCUCCGUCAAAUGUCCGACAUAUAUAGGAAGCUAAGAGGAACUUUGCGGUUUCUUUUGGGAAAUCUUCAUGAUUGGAAAGCCGGAAAUGCUAUUGCAUAUGAUGAACUUCCUGAGAUUGAUCGGCAUGCUCUGUUUCAGCUUGAGAAUGUUGUGAAAAACAUCAAAGAAAGCUAUGAAAGCUAUCAGUUCUUCAAAAUAUUCCAGAUCAUUCAACGAUUCGCUAUUGUCGAUCUCUCAAAUUUCUAUUUUGAUGUUGCCAAAGAUCGCCUUUAUGUUGGGGGUGCUUCAAGUUUUACUAGAAGAAGCUGUCAAACGGUGCUUGCAGUUCAUCUACUCUCCAUAGCUAGAGUAAUUGCUCCAAUACUGCCUCAUCUGGCUGAAGAUGUGUGGCAGAAUCUCCCUUUUGAAUAUACUGUUGACAAUGCUGACGUAGCCAAAUUUGUUUUCGAGUCAAAAUGGCCAGCAGUAAAUGAAAGAUGGCUCGCCUUUCCUGAGGAAGAUGUUGAUUUAUGGGAGAAAGUUCUUGAGUUGAGAACCGAGGUGAAUAAAGCAUUGGAGUCUGCUCGCACGGGCAAACUCAUUGGUUCCAGUUUGGAGGCAAAGGUCUAUCUCCACAGCUCUGAUGAUAUCCUUGCUGCAAGAUUAACGAGAAUGUGUGAAGCUAAUAUUGAUGCAGAUUCGCUGCAUCGCAUAUUUAUAACUUCUCAGGUUGAGAUUCUUUCGAGUUUGGAGGAUGCACCAACCGCAAAUAUACCAUAUUCCGGAGAAUAUUUGAUUGAAGGCGAAAAGAAAAUAUGGAUUGGCAUAUCACGUGCAGAAGGUUCGAAAUGUGAAAGAUGCUGGAACUUCUCACCUCAAGUUGGUUCUUUUGUUGACCAUCCCACACUUUGCCGACGCUGCUAUGAUGUUAUUGCCGAUCAACCACUUCCUGCUCUUGCAGCUGUGAGUUGAGCUUUAUGUAGGUAAUCAAUCUCUUCACAAAGAUGAAUUAUCUACAUAAUUCACCAUCUUUUUAAGUCGAUAAUCUCAACUUUGUUUUAAAGCAACGAAAGUGAAGUGGAAAGUUAAAUCGAGGGGAGGAGUACCAGGAUUGCACAUGCUUCAUAGCAUGGAGUAUGGAGUUACAUUCAGAGUGACAUGAGGGUAAAAGGAACUCUAUUAGCUUUAGAAUAAUACAUAGUUAAAGGUUCCAAUAUUGAUUACAUGAUAGAACUCUGCCUGCAGAUCAUAAAUUAUGAAACUCUUAUUUUAUUCUUAACAUUUAAUGUAUUUUUUACAAGCAAUGAGACUCUUUAUUCAUUUUAUUGAACACAAUAUGGCAUAUGGAAUGUUCAUGUGUUAUUGAUUUUCC